AGGAAUAGGGAGUUGCCUUUAGGAAGUUCUUUCACUUUCACUUUUUUACUUUAUUUUAACCUAUCCUAUUUAUAGGUGGAAAAACUCUAAUUCCAGUUAUAACAAUGAUUAUGAAAUACCUAUUAAUCACCAUAAUUGCUUUCUCCAAUGCCAAAGCAGAGAUAAAAUUUGGUUUAUUAAAUGGAAUAAUAGAAUUGACUGCAGAAAACCACAUUUUUGAUGAAAUCCUUUGGAAAUACCAAGAUGAUAAGAUUGUAGAGUAUGAAAAAAAAGGAAAACCAAGAUACUAUGGGGAAUACGCAGAGAGGACGAGUCUGUACCAGGAAAAUGGAACGCUCAUAAUCAAGAAACUCAGAUAUCAGGACAGUGGACACUACAAGGCAGAAUUGCUGACAGGUGCCAAGCUAAAUGAGCUUAUAUAUAAUGUGCAAGUUAUAGGGCCUGUAACACAAGCAAGUGUAACUUGUAAUGCCAGUGAUACCACUGCAAUUCUUCAAUGUACUGGAGAAACAAGCCCUUACACUGAAUACAGAUGGGAAGGAUCUAAAAUGCAGCUGCUUUCUCCAAGAAUGCUGUUGAUCAACACUGAGGACUGCCAGGACACAGAGUACAUUUGCAUUGUCAGUAAUCCUUUGAGUGAGAAGAGAAGUGAGCCAUUUCCUGCCAAAAAGUGCUUCAAACAAUGCUCAUCUAAUGCUGCAAUGAUUGCCGGUGGAAUUGUUGGCAUGCUUCUAAUUUCUUUAGUUUUUGGGAUAUUUGGUUUCUUAUUAUGUAAGAUACUUAAAAAAGGACGCCCCAGAUAUCAGAAUGUCUUAACAAGAGAAAUAACUGAGAUACCAAAUAAUCUGGAAGAGAGUACAAUCAUCAUACAGGGAGACCAGGAAGAGAAGACAGUGGAGAAUGUACAUUAUGAGAAAGGUAACAGAGUAGGUGUGCAGUAGGUCUGCUUUGCCAUUGCAGAGAUAGUAAAUAAUAUCAAAACACGAUACGAUUCUAAGGAUACAAAAUCAUUCUAGUCUCCAAAGUAAAGCAGUGCUUUCAAAAAGAAACAUUAAAGGCUGAUGAUUUGUUUUUGAAGUUAUAAUGACUAUAAUG